UUUUCCAGCAGUUUGGGGAAUCUGUGGAACUCAUUUGCAACUGUCUUUCCAGACCAGGAUUUAAGGAGCUUCUUCACAGGGACAUCUCAAGCAGUGGAAAGCAACUGUGCUGACAUGAGUCCCAAGAAGGCGGCUCCUGCAGAGGCCGGGAAGAGGACAAAGGAGAAGAUUACGCUAGAAAUUAAGAAGGAGAUCAUCCAGAAGCACGACGGAGGCAUGCGAGUAAGAGACCUCGCCAGGGAGUACGGGAGGAAUCCAUCCACCAUCGCGACCAUCCUGAAGAUGAGGGAGAAGAUCCUUGCGACAGAUGUAGCCAAGGGAGUCACCAGGAUCGUGAAGAACCGGCCAGCUGUUCUGGAGGAGGUGGAGAAGUUGCUGCUCAUCUGGAUGGAAGAGAAGCAGCGUGCAGGGGACACAGUGACUGAGGCUGCCAUUUGUGAGAAGGCCAAGGCCUUGUACGCAGACCUCGUACAGCAGGAGCCGGGCACCUCAGCCGAGCCAGAAGUCUUCAAGGCAAGCAGAGGCUGGUGUGAAAGAUUCAAAACCAGAUCUGGAAUCCACAGAGUGGUCAGGCAUGGAGAGGCUGCCAGUUCCGAUGUUCCUGCGGCUGAGGACUUUGCCACGGAGUUCGUGGAGGUUGUGGAAGAGGAAGAAGCGACAAGUGAGGAACAGCUGUCCUCCACGGGAACUGAAGGACAUCUGCCAGCAGUGGAAAAACGUGCAGACUUAAGCACAGCGGCACCAUCCAGACAAGGCUCUGGCACGUGACCUUGCGAUCACGUUUGAUACAAGGAUCAUGUCCUCUUUCAGAGGGGUGCUGAAAAGGCGGCUGAAGCAGCAGACCAUGGAGAGGUUCAUCAUGACCCUCCGCAGCUCUGGGAACAUAAAAGACUGCUGCUGUGAUGUGGAGACAGUUCUGUCUGCCUCCAGUUUCCUGACUUAAAAGACUGGUCCUGUAGGUUGAGACACUUCAGCCUCACUUGGUCACCUUAAAAUGUUUGUGUAAAAGUGUCCCCUAGAGCCUUAGAGAGUCCUUUGGUGAUUUUAAAAAGUUUCUGUAUGAUGUCCCUGUUUACAUGCCUUAAAGAUGUACUUUCUGAAGAGUUUUGCACAGUCCAAGGACUGUUUCUGUUCAGUUUCAGUGUUGAGCCUCAAUUAAAGAAAGCAAAAAUAAAUAAAUUUUCUUUUCCUCUAAAAACUAGGUGCAUCCUAUGGUCAGGUGCAUGCUAUGGAGCGAAAAAUAUGGUAGCUAUCAGAGUUUUUUGGUGUGUAAAAAGAAGGAGGAAUUAUUUAAUCUCCCCUGGUGUUUUAUGGAAAGUUGGACUAAAAAUUGCAGACACAAAAGGUGCUCCUGGGUCAAAACAAACAAACAAACAAACAAAACAUUCAAAUUGCAGUUGAAUAGUUUCAGGGACUUUUGUGCUAGGUCCUGCCUCAUGUUUGUUAUUUUUAAAUGUUUUUCUGUCAUGUUUAAAAAGUUGAAGUUUUGUGCUUGAAAUUUUUGAAAUCCUCUGUACAGUAUGUAAGCCUUUAAAGAGCACUUAAUAAACACUUUGCAAACCAAAUUUGAAUUUGUUUGGACUUUUUUUGCCCACAGGAACGCAUUAAUUAAAUUUCAAUGCAUUCCUAUGGGAAACCGUGCUUUGCAAGACGAAAUUUUCGCAAUACGAAAUGACUCGCGGAACAAAUUGAUUUCGUCUUGCGAGGCAUCACUGUAUUCUGUUGGAAGCUGCCCAGAGUGGCUGGGGAAACCCAGCCAGAUGGGCGGGGUAUAAAUAAUAAAUUAUUAUUAUUAUUGGGAGAGACACAAGCAGGCACCUGGAAUUGUCUUUAGCUAACACUUCCCCCCUCCUGUAUCACAAGGGGCAGCUGUGCUGGAAUUCUGAAGCUCCAACAAAGAGUUGUGCAGGUCUUUAAAGGGCCACAGAUUUAUGAUGGCAAAAAGGCUUAUGGACGACUAGAGUCCUGUUCAUUAGAACGCAAGAAAAGCAAUGCUGGAUUAGGCCCCAGGCCCAUCUAGUCCACCAUCCUGUUCUUACAGGGGCCAACCAGAUGUACAUUUGUUUUGGUAAAAAUUCACAAAGCAGUGUUGAUAGCACAAACAUCCCAACAUUGAUCUGCUUAUUAACAUGAAAUGUUGGAUUCUGUCCGUCUCAAGAUACAAUGGAGUGCACAUCCACAGGGCGAAGUCAAACCAUUGGCGCAUCUCUGUGUCUGCAGAGACCAGUAAUUCGUGACUGCUGCCUCCUGCACUUGGUUUUGCUGUGUGAGUCUGGGCAGUGUGCGUUAUGUCCUGGACUGCCCAGAAAACAAGACCCUGCUCUUGGCCUUGCUGAUGUGGUCCAAAAUAAAGCGGCUGCUGGAGUUGCUGAACUGAGGCAUACAAGUCACAAUCCAACCAUUUUAGGGAUUCCACUCUGAUUUUGUGUAGGGUUUACUCCUUCGCAUUUUUCAUCUUUGUCUCAAUGCAGGUGACGUAGACACUUAAAACUCAGUGAGGCCAAACUGCUAUUAUAAAUCCACUUACCUACAUGGCUUCAGUUAGACCAGAUGAAUGUGCAUUUUAAAACUGUGUUUCUGUCAUCCACCUGUGCGUGCCAGGAGAAAGGAAGAGGCUCAAGAUGUUCAAGAUGUACACAGAUUUGAAAGGCAUUUCCCAUCUUCAUCUCUGGCUAACAUGAUCCACCACCACCCCAGCUGCUUUUGUGGAUUCCUUCUCCCAGUCAUAAUUUAGGCCGUAAACUCCUCAGGUCAGAGACCUGUGCAUUAUGAUUUUGUUUCUCCAUAUUAUUCAUUGGUGGCAAGAAUAUAAACAGAAUAGUAAGUGGUUAUAUUGGUAACUGGAAUUCUUUAAGUCAAAUUAAAUUCACUGUGCUGUCUUGUAUCCUCACCUAAAUUAGCAGCAGAGACUUUCCAAAGGCCCCAGGAAGGAAAGUGAGAAGCCUCUUUCCAAAUACUGUGCAGGUAUUCCUGCUCACCCUCAUACAGAGACUAGUCUCUCAUAUUCCAAUUAACUCUGUGAACUAGCUCUCUGAGGAGAAUAUGGGGGUUCUCCUGCCAACUCUCAGCACUAAUUACAGUCCCCAGGAUUAUUUGCGGGGAAGCCGUGGCUGUUUAAAGUGCCAUGAUGCUGCUUGAAAUGUUUUUUUAAAAAAAUACUUUUAAUUCAUUUUCCAAUUAAUACAAAAACAAAACAACAAACACAUACA